AUGGCCGCAGCCGCGGAGCAGCCCACACACAUAGGCGAAGUGAAACGAAGAGGGAAGGCCCAGUAGGUGCAAGCUAAGAGAGCCCGGUGCAGGGGCGGCCUGAGGCAGCUGGAGCCCGGACUUCAGGGUAUCCUCAUUACUUGCAACAUGAACGAGCGCAAGUGUGUGGAGGAGGCCUACAGCCUCCUCAACGAGUAGGGGGACGACCUAUACAGGCCCGAGAAGUUUGUAGACAAGGAUAAGCAACCAUCUGGAAGUGAUGAGGAAGAGGAAGAUGAUGCAGAAGCUGCCUUGAAGAAAGAAGUCAGUGAGAUUCAGGCAUCUACAGAAUUGAGAUUAAGACGAUUUCAGUCAGUGGAAAGUGGAGCAAAUAACGUGGUCUUCAUUAGAACACUUGGCAUAGAACCUGAGAAACUUGUACAUCACAUUCUAAAGGAUAUGUACACAACCAAGAAGAAGAAAACACGGGUUAUUUUGCGUAUGUUGCCCAUAUCUGGCACAUGCAAAGCUUUCUUAGAAGAUAUGAAAAAAUAUGCUGAAACCUUCUUGGAACCUUGGUUUAAAGCACCAAAUAAAGGCCCAUUCCAGAUUAUUUACAAAGCACGAAAUAAUAGUCACAUGAGCAGAGAAGAAGUUAUUAAAGAACUAGCAGGAAUAGUGGGCUGCCUCAAUCCUGAAAAUAAGGUAGAUCUCAGUAAUCCCCAGUAUACCAUUGUGGUGGAAAUCAUUAAGGCUGUCUGCUGUCUGAGUGUUGUCAAAGAUUACAUGUUGUUCAGAAAAUAUAACCUUCAGGAAGUGGUCAAGAGUAACAGAGAGGGGUCUCAGCCAAACACUGGCCAGGACUCACAAGUAAAAAAUGGGAAGAAAGCAAAAUUGGAGUUGGAAAACACAGACAAGGAGAAUCUCAAAUCAAAUGAAAGUGACUCUGCAGAAGACAAAAAUAAUCCCCAGGUAGUAGUAGACAGUAGCAAAGAGGAGGAGCCACAGAAUCCACUUUCUGAGACCCAGAUGGAAAGUGAGAAAGGAGUCAAAUCUGAAAAUGGAAGCCAAGUUAUAAAAGGUUCUAAAUCAAAAGAAAGUGACCCAGUCUUAGAGAAAAACUAAUCAGUCAAGGCAGGAAAUAGUAAGAGAAUUCCAAAGAUGGGCACAAAAUAAGCUAUCCAAGUUGAGAAUGUUAUUUUUUUGCAUAAAUAAAACUGGCACUGGAGGCAAAUUUAAUCUGAAGUUUAUCAAAGUUAUGGAAGUAUUAGAAAUACAAUGCUAUUUUUCAUUAGCAGCUCCAUUGGUUGAAUCAGUUGUGGACAGA